UUAGCUCGUUUAGAACACGAGACUCUAAGCUUAUUGGAGGGCAAGCCUGCUUUACGGCUCAAGGCCGCUUUUUACGUCAUUUUCCGGCUUCCCAUUCACUUCGCAGUGAAGAUGGCGUCCGGCAGCGGGACGAAAAACUUGGACUUUCGCCGAAAGUGGGACAAAGAUGAAUAUGAGAAGCUUGCCGAGAAGAGGCUCACGGAAGAGAGAGAAAAGAAGGAUGGAAAACCAGUGCAGCCAGUCAAAAGGGAGCUCCUCCGGCAUAGAGACUACAAGGUGGACCUGGAAUCCAAGCUUGGGAAGACAAUUGUCAUUACUAAGACCACACCACAAUCAGAGAUGGGAGGGUAUUACUGCAAUGUCUGUGACUGUGUUGUGAAGGACUCCAUCAACUUCCUGGAUCACAUUAAUGGAAAGAAACAUCAGCGAAAUCUGGGCAUGUCUAUGCGUGUGGAACGUUCCACCUUGGAUCAGGUGAAGAAACGUUUUGAAGUCAACAAGAAGAAGAUGGAAGAGAAACAGAAGGAUUAUGAUUUUGAGGAAAGGAUGAAGGAGCUCAGAGAAGAAGAGGAAAAGGCCAAAGCCUACAAGAAAGAGAAACAGAAGGAGAAGAAAAGGAGGGCUGAGGAGGACUUGACAUUUGAGGAGGAUGAUGAGAUGGCAGCUGUGAUGGGCUUCUCUGGCUUUGGUUCCACCAAGAAGAGUUACUGAGGCUUUCUAUGCUUGGCCCUUUGCUAACUUUGUGUGUGAGGGGGGUCAUUUUUUUUCCGGGGUACUUGGGAAAGUCCUUAAGAGUGGCAAUGGGGAGGGCUUGAGGGUGGGUGUUUGUGGUUUCCCUCUACUUUGGGAAAGAGCACAGGAUGCAGAGGAAAUGCUGUGGCAUGUUCCUUCAGCCUCAGUAUGUCACUGGAGUCACAGGACCUCUGCCUGAGUUCCCAAUAAAAACCUCUUCUGAGGCUGCUUUCCCUAAACUCCCCCUGCAUCUUUCCCUCUUCAUCUGUCCAACCUCUUACCUGAGCAUACUACAUUGAUCCUGUGUUCUCCCUUUGUUUUAAUUUUGACUCUUGGCUUAGCCUGCAGCAGAAGGGUUCUCUGGGUCCCCAGUUUCCAGUUGCUAGCAUAUUUUUGACCAGCCUUCUAUCCCCCUCAACCUCCUCUGGUUUUCUGCCACCUGUGCAUGCAUGUGUAUUUCUGCCUGGGUCUGGUAUGUGCGGGCGUGUGUGCAUGAAUUUGUCACCUAGGGGGAGCCUGAGCUAGAACCUCAGAGCAUUGCUGCCUUGGGGCCUGAUGUUCUUGGCUCCUUCAGUGCAUGUAACAGGAAAUUAAAUGGGACGAGUGUUUGGUGUGGUUUUUGUCUGGUGAGUUUUUUAACCUUUGUUCUUCAUAUGUAGACUGUUGAGCGUUUCCUGUUUGUUUCAUUUUAUUGAGGAUUACUCUUUUUUUUCUUCCUUGUGAGCAGGCUCUUGGAAGAACCUGUUUGAUGCAAAAAAGAAAAAGGAAAAAAAACUUCAUUUGGGAGCCCUUGGGUCUCAGAGACUGUUCAACAUGUAUAAUAAAUGGCAUUGACUGGGCCUAUUCACA